AGUAAAAGAUAGUAACAUCAUUUCGCCGCACACUGGACGGCAGGGCUGAUAGAGUUCUCAAAAAGGGGUAUGAAUAACCUGCAUUAUCGGAAACUUUCUUUCUACACAGGAGCUACAGGAUGCGGACGACCACUCUUUUCGUAAUACAGACAGUAGUUGUUAUCGGGUACUUCACCUGUUCGUCGACGGCAGCGGCCAAUGCCUGCUGCAGGGGAACGUGUCAUGACAUCCCACCAGGUUGCAACUGCCCGUAUAAGUCUUACUUGUGCGGGGAGUUGAACGCACUUACAAUGGGAAAACGAAAAGCAGACGACACUUCUUAUCUCCUGACGCAAGAACAGGAGACGCAACAACAAAACCAGCAGCGAAGAACGCAACAGACCCAACCCUGGGUUGACCGGCAACCAGAUGACGACCGGAUCGUAGAUGUUUUGAAUAAUCUUUUGAAACUCUUCAAGGAAACUCAUCAAGGGGAUCAAGAUGGUUUCGAUCUCCAAGACCAGAGUGAUGACUGGGAACCAGUGACGUCAAGUCGAAAGCAACAAUCCGAGAAUGCGCACAACGUGUACCGCCACCAACCGCUUUUCUCAGCGGACAUAUUGUAGAAUAGACGAGCGAAAUUUAAAUUUUUAUUUUCUUUAAUCCUGAAAACAAAACUACUUUAAAAAAAUUAUGCCGUACGUAUUUUUGCAGUCUUUUAAGGCUUACUUUUUAAAGUUUAUUUCAUUGUCAGACAUUCCUUCUGUCGACUUCUCCUCAAUCUGAAAUGCUUUUCAAAACAAUUGCAUAAUUUCAUCCAUGCUUUUUGCACCACUUCAAAUUUCCUGUGAACGUGACGGUUUUCAUAAUGUUUAAAUGGCAACAAUAAACUCAAAAAUGAUUCCGUGGUUUUUGUUUUUGUUUUUUUAAUGGCGAGCCACUGCUAACACCCUUCGCCUUAUAAGCACAAUGACAUGACGAAAGUCAACUCUAUUGUCUUGAUAGCGAAACAAUGGUCCUUUAUUCAGAACAAUCGUAAUGUAGAGUAUUGUUCAAAACAUGAAAUUUCAACAAUGCAUAUCGUCAAGGUCUCUUUACCCUUUUUGUUUAGGAAUAAGUUCCUUUCAACAACGGAAUAUCUUACGUCUCACGAAUUUUUCAUAUGUUUAUCUUUCCAAGAUAAAACAUCGAAUUUUUGUUUUAAAAACAUGCAUUUUUGUUUCAUACGAGGACCGUCUAGACACAAUGACAACAUAAUCCAUCUACAUGGACAGUAUUUUGAUUAUAACUUAACCCGUACAGAUCGUCAUAUCAUUGUUCAUGUCAUUCGAUGAUACUUUUUAUUGUCGUUGAUCAUUUCUUGGAAUGUCAUUAGAUUAAAGCGUAGCUCAUGUCCUAGUUAUUAUUAUUAUUAUUAAAAUUAUUACUCAUAGCUGUUUUUAAUUAAUUUUAAACAGUUUAAUUUUACUGCCUGCCUUGAGGUUAAACAAAACACUGUAAAAAAGAAUCCUGAAGGAUUCCACAAUAAAUUGUUAAGUAUUAAUUGUGAAAUACCUGUGGGAAAUUAAACAGUUUUUGUUAGUGUGCAUUUUGCUCAAGGAAAUUACAAGUAAAGGUUUCAAGUUCUUAGAACAGUUUC